CACCCAGCAACCACCGUCUCCACGUGCCUGCUUGUUUUCCUACGUCACUUCCUGCGCGGCAGAUUAAGAUACAUGCCAGCUGGUUGUUAACCAGCUAAAUGGAUGCUAACUUCACCUAUUAGCUUUACGACCUUACUUUCCCGUCUGGAAACCACAUUGCUGACCGUCUGCUCUUCAACGAAUGACUGCUAAUGUGAACCCACCACCGCUGUGACGCUGCCGGGUACAUUUAAAAGAGUUUCUGAUCUGUUAGGCUAGCCGCGUUAGCUGCUAGCGUUAACACCAGCAGUGGAGGGAGUGAGUUCCAACGUCUUAGCUCUGAAAGCACACAUGGGUCUCCACGGAUCACUUGCUAACAGGUGACUAGAUGCAUUCGUGAGCUCCAAGCGAACUCGUCUUGAGUUUAUGCUAGUUAGCGUUUAGCUCAACAUGUCUCAUCAGCUGACUGCAGAGCAACAGCGUAAGAUCGAGGAGAACAGGCGGAGGGCGUUAGAGAGACGAGCCCAAAGACUGGGACAGGCUGCCAGCAUCAAUAACCAGCCCUCAUUUGGGCCCGGUAGUAUCUCAGUACAUAAACAGGCCCCUGCACAAAGCCUGGCAUCGGAUCCUGCAGCUCUGGUCCAUCACAGAGACUCAUCCUGCAGCUCAGUCUCUGCACCAAAGCUGUAUGUUCCACCCUCCAAACAUAAGCCACAGGGCUUCAACAACCAAAAGCAAGGGCCAACGCAUCAUCAGUCUGUUAAUGGCAACCAGAUCAACCAGAGUAGGCAGCUUAACGCUACUACUAAAAGACAGAUCCAAGUAAUCGACCAGGUAAUGGUCGGCGGGGGACCAGCUCAGUCAAAACCUAACCUCUCCUCUGGCAGCUCUGGUGGUGGAGCAGCCAGUUCUUUCUACAAGCAAGCGACGUCUAAACCUGCCCAGAGUUCUGUGGCACAGCUCCCCUCAUGCUCCUCCACCUCCAACACUGUAGCUGCUAAAAAACCCUCCAUCUCUGUGAGAGGAAGAUGUGUACCCCACACAGAGGACAGUCGUUUCAGAGUAGAAGUGGGCUAUCACGCAGAGCUCAUUGCUGUUUUCAAAUCCAUCCCCUCCAAGAACUAUGACCCUGCAACAAAGAUGUGGAACUUCCGCUUGGAGGACUAUAAGCAGCUAAUGGAGGAGGCAGCCUCUAUUGCCUCUGUGUCUCUGAGGCCUCUUGAAGGAAUGGAAGUGGUGGAUGUUGCUUCCUGCCGAGCUCAUAACAGUGGAGCGCUGGGGGCGCUGCUGAAGCUGUGUAAUGGCUGGCAGAAACCUGGUGCCACUCUGCAGGGCCAGUGCAUCUUGGUUUCUCCAACCAAGUUUGAGCUUGACAUUGGUUACAAUGUUGAUGUCAUCGCAGCAUUCAAGAAAAUGCCAACAAACAGCUAUGACAUGAAAACAAGAAAAUGGAGCUUCUCGCUUGUGGAUUUUAAGAAACUCAUGGAUCUCCUUGGUGGGAUAGCAGCAGUGGAGGUGGAGCCUCUGCCCAGGGCAGUAAUCCAGACUUUCUCUGCCAGGUUUGAUGGGACUGAAGCCAGGUCUUUGGACGUCCCAAAGGCAGACCUCUCCGCCAUUGACCCCUCGCUCACCAACAGCCUUAUGCCCUUCCAGAGGGAGGGGGUCAAUUUUGCAGUGUUUAACCAAGGCCGCCUGCUCCUGGCUGAUGACAUGGGUCUGGGAAAGACCGUGCAGGCCAUUUGCAUAGCAGCCUAUUACAGGAAUGAGUGGCCCUUACUGGUGGUGGCUCCCUCCUCCGUACGAUUCACCUGGGCUGAGGCCUUCAGACGCUGGCUCCCCUCCCUCAGUCCUGACAGCAUCAAUGUAGUAGUGAAGGCCAAAGACAAUCUGCGCUCUGGUUUGGUCAACAUCAUCAGCUACGACCUGCUGAGCAGGAUGGACAAGCAGCAGCCAGGAGACCCCUUCAGUGUUCUCAUCAUGGAUGAGUCCCAUUUCCUGAAGAACAUAAAGACGGCUCGGUGUAAAGCAGCUUUACCUCUCCUGAAGGCAGCAAAGAGAGUGAUUCUUCUGUCUGGGACCCCGGCAAUGUCCAGACCCUCUGAGCUCUACACCCAGAUUCUGGCUGUCAGACCUAACCUCUUCCCUCGCUUCCACGAUUUUGGGAUGCGCUACUGCCAAGCCAAGCAGACGACUUGGGGCUGGGACUACUCCGGCUCUUCUAAUCUUGGGGAACUGAAGCUGCUGUUGGAAGAGUCUCUGAUGUUGCGCCGUCUCAAAUCUGAAGUCCUGUCCCAGCUUCCUCCUAAACAGCGCAAGGUUGUCACGGUGACCAUAGAUGGGAUCAGCACCCGCAUGAAAGUGGCACUAUCAGCUGCUGCCAACGAGUUGUCCAAGGAACAUAGCAAUAAAAAGGAAGAGAAGCAAGCCCUGCUCAUCUUUUUUAACCGCACCGCUGAAGCCAAGCUACAAACGAUUAUGGAGUACAUCACGGACAUGCUGGAGUGUGGGAGGGAGAAGUUUCUAGUGUUCGCCCAUCAUAAGUUAGUUCUGGACCAUAUCUCCUGUGAACUGGGGAAAAAGAAUGUCCAGUACAUGCGUAUUGACGGGGCCACGCCAUCAGUUGAGCGCCAGCAGCUGUGUGAGCAGUUCCAGUACUCGACUAAGACGUGUGUAGCUGUGCUGUCCAUCACUGCAGCGAACAUGGGUCUGACUCUGCACUCUGCAGACCUGGUGAUCUUUGCUGAGCUCUUCUGGAACCCCGGAGUUCUCAUUCAGGCAGAGGAUCGGGUGCACCGUAUUGGCCAAACCAACAAUGUGAACAUUCACUACCUGGUUGCCAAGGGAACUGCUGAUGAUCACUUGUGGCCAAUGAUCCAGGGAAAAAUGAACAUCUUAAAACAAGUGGGUCUUUCUGAGUCAAACCUCUCAGCCAACGCAGUGAACUCCAGCUUCCACUCUAAGGAUCCAAACCAGAGGAGCAUCAUGGAUAUGUUCCAGAGAUCUUUCACAGCUGAGGACGACAUCGACGAGGCCAUGUUACUGGAGGCUGUAGACGACUGGGACAACGCUCUGCCUGAAAACACCUCUGGACAACACCAUGGCAUGAGCCGACAAAGCCCCAGCAAAGGGAGCAUCAAGGAAUAUUUCAGCAGAUGACUUUUACCGACAAAUUAUUUUAAGAUAAUCUUGUCCUCGUUUUCUGCCGAUCAUGACUGAUGUGAACUUACAUACUUUUGCGAAUGUUUUAGAACAUGCAAAAUAAUAGUCUAAUAAACCUAUAUAUUUUUUGCUAAUAAGAAAAAUAAAUAAAUGUAAUGCAAGGUUUUUAGAAUCCUUCUUAAACCUGACUGCUUCACUGUGGUGACUGCGUUUCCUUUUUAAGUCUUUCAAGUGGUUUUUAUGGAGGACCACAAGUGUCACUGAAAUAAUAGAAAUUCAGUUUGUGAAUUACAUUACAUUUCAUUUAGCUAACGCUUUUAUCUACAAUGAGUGCAUCAACCAUGAGGAAAUUAAAUUCCAUUAUUAUUUGAUACAUUAUUUAAUGCACUUAUUGGCUGUUU